GAUAAACUUAUUAAAUAGUUUAGCAAUGCAUAGUUUCUCUUCGAGAUUGAAUGCACUCUUCGCCUUUUUCUUGAGCGUAAUGGGCGCUGUUGCGUUUGGAUGCUUCGCUUCAACCUUCUACAAAAAUUACAAUAUAGGCGUCCCAAUUAAGAAGCAUAACAUAACGCUGAGAAGUGCAAUGGACUUUACCACGUCUAGGCAGGAGAGCGACUUAGCUACAAUCAAAUUCUCCAUCGAUGGUAACCUUAGCAACCUGUUUGACUGGAAUACGAAACAGAUUUUUAUGUAUUUGGUGUGCGAGUAUCAAUCAGCCAACAACCAACUGAAUCAAGUCGUUCUAUGGGAUAGAAUUAUGCUGCGAGAGGACGCAGAUGUAGAGAAGUUUUCAGUAGACAACCUCAGUCCCAAGUAUUACUUCUUCGAUGACGGAGCCAAUCUCAGGGGAUUGCCGGCCAAACUGGUACUACGGUGGAAUGUGAUUCCCAAUUCGGGAUACAUGCCGUUCGCAGCCUCCACGGACGAGGUGCAGUUUGAAUUCCCUAAACAAUACACUGCCAUUCCAGCCCAAGCAAGACCCUCCCACUAUCGCUCACUGUAGGCGCCAAAGUUACGGCUAAUUAAACAAAGAGGGGAGAUGUGAUGUGAAACAGUUCCUCCCAUUUACAGAAGAAGCAGUUGGAAACAAAAGACUCAUUUUCGACUUUCUUAAAUUAACUUUGACAAACAAUGUGUAACAUGCACCUGGAUCUAUUCAAGAGGAUUUUUUUGAGCUUCGCAUAAAUUCAAUGUUGUAUUUUACAUAGUCUUUUGAAUAGUCAGCUUUUGGAAAAACAAAUACUCCUGAAUUUGAAAAGAAAAUCUACUUUUAAAGUCCGCAUAAUUAAUCCAAGUUUGAACUAAUGUGAGUCGAAAAACAAAUCAGGAUGUUAAAUUUAGAUUUUCUUUCUAGGUGCUCAAAGAUAUUUAAAUAAGCUAAAUUUUGUUUAGUCAUACAAAAAGUGAAUUGGUUUGAGGUGUCGAAUAUUUAUUUUAUUGCUUUAAAUGUGUUGCGAAGCAGGUUAGCUAAUUGGUUUGUUCGAAAAAUAUUUUGAGAAUUGAAUAUUUGAAUUCGA